CAGCAAAAACCUUCAGUCAUUGUGCGAGUCAACUCGGUUGAACGAGUAACUGCACUAGAAAACUUUGUAUCAAAUUACGUUCCAAUUGUGAGGACAAUGAUAGCUGUCAGCAGAUGGGAAGAUCCAGAAGCCAAAUCACAGGCUUCGUCGCUCAUCAAAGCAGUGACAAAAAGCACUCUUAUUGUCACUUUAUUUUGCGUCGUUAACGUAACCAAUAAUAUAGAUAUAUUAUCCAAGCGUCUACAGCAGAAAAACACCUCUUCAAAGGAAGCAAUGACGGAGAUUCAAGACAUCAUAACUAUCCUCGAAUAA